AAUUUCUUUUUGACAGAAAUAUUUUGUCAAUUGGGUAUUCAUGAUCUUGAGUAGUAAGUAGUGACCUCUCAAAUCAACAAAAAAUUAAAAAAAAUCCAUAAAUGGUUCUUGAUUCUCUUGUUUUAAGCAGUCUCCAUUCUUGGUCUGCAACAAGUAACUUGUAAAACAAAAGGAAAAAAAAUAAAAGGACAGAGAGAGAGAGAGAGAGAGAGAGAGAGAGAGAGAGAGAGAGUUUCAGUCCAGAUCAUCAACUAGUACUACAGCGUUCACUCUUCUUGCCCAUAUCCAUUAUUCACGUCUCUCUCUCAAUUUCUGCACUAUACUCUCUCCACCACCACUAUCACCUGACACAACCGUAUCAGUCUUCUGAUUCUCUUUACUUUCUUUCUCUCUGUGUUAAAAAUAAAAUAUAAAAAGAAAGAAAAAGAACCCAAAUGCUAAACAACACAUUCACACAGAGAAAAGCAAAGUAAAAACAAUGGUGGACUGAAAAAGUGAGACCCAACUUAACAAAGAGGAGAAAAGAAAAAAGUUAAAAGAAAAUAAAAUAAAAAGGGAAAGAUAACACAUUUAUUUGCCUUUGUUUUUAUUUUUCUUUUCCCUUUUUCUUUCUCUCCCAAGAGAGAGAAAAAGAAAAAAAGAUUGUGUUUUUAUGUGCUAAACUCUUGUGUUGGCUAUAGAAAGUGACUUAAAAAGAAGAGAGUAAGAGACAGCUAACAGAGAAACAGAGACAGAGAGAGAUACAUAUAACAUAAAUUUGUUUCUUUUGGGCUUCCCAAAGAAGAAGAGUCUAACAAUAACUUAAUAAUUCUUUUGUUUCUUUGUUCAUUUCACAAUUUGAUGGUUUUUUUUCUUUUCUUUUUUGCUUUACAAAACAUGUUCUUUAGUAGAGUCUAUCAUUAGGUAGCUAUGGCUUUCAAGCUCUUUCUUGUUUCUUUCAUAGUCUUUCUCUCUUUGGCAAAACUUUCUGCUUCAUACGAGCCUCGAAACCAUGAAGUGGAGGCUUUGAUAACUAUACGAGAAGCAUUAAAUGAUCCACAUGGUGUUUUAAACAACUGGGAUGAGGACUCUGUAGACCCUUGCAGUUGGGCUAUGAUCACUUGCUCACCUGAUAAUCUUGUUAUUGGCUUGGGUGCUCCAAGCCAAUCUCUCUCUGGAACUCUGUCUGGGACCAUUGGAAACCUCACUAAUCUUCGUCAAGUGUUGCUGCAGAAUAAUAACAUCACAGGUGAAAUCCCACCGGAACUUGGUACACUUCCAAAACUUCAGACCUUGGAUCUCUCCAACAACAGGUUCUCCGGUUUGGUACCAGAUUCUCUUGGCCAGCUAAAUAGCCUGCAAUACUUGAGGCUGAACAAUAAUAGCUUGUCUGGGCCAUUUCCUGCCGCUUUAGCCAAAAUCCCACAGCUUGCUUUCUUAGACUUGUCUUAUAACAAUCUGAGUGGACCAGUGCCCAAGUUCCCUGCAAGAACAUUUAAUGUCGUGGGCAAUCCAUUGAUUUGUGGAAGUGGUGCCAAUGAGGGUUGCUUUGGAUCAGCCAGUAAUGGUCCUCUUUCCUUUUCUCUGAAUGCAUCAUCUGGUAAACUAGCUAUACCACUUUCUUUUCUCUGGUUGACCUAUCAAUUUCUGUUGAAUAACUUUCUACUUAAUCUUAGUUUAGGCAAACACAAGACCAAAAAAUUAGCAAUUGCACUUGGGGUUAGCCUCAGCUUUGUCUUCCUCUUGCUCUUAGCACUUGCACUACUUUGGCUGAGGAAGAAGCAGAGAAGCCAAAUGAUAGCCAACAUUAAUGACAAACAAGACGAAAAGCUACUUGGCCUAGGUAAUCUCAGGAAUUUCACCUUCAGACAGCUCCAACUUGCCACAGACAACUUCAGCUCAAAGAAUAUUCUUGGUGCUGGAGGCUUUGGCAAUGUGUACAAGGGGAAGCUAGGAGAUGGGACAAUGGUAGCAGUGAAGCGGCUGAAGGAUGUGACUGGAAAUUCUGGGAAUUCACAAUUUAGGACAGAACUGGAAAUGAUCAGCCUUGCUGUUCACCGGAAUUUGCUCAGAUUGAUAGGAUAUUGUGCCACUCCUAAUGAGAGGCUUUUGGUCUAUCCAUACAUGUCCAAUGGUAGUGUGGCCUCCAGGCUUAGAGGAAAACCACCAUUAGAUUGGAACACGAGGAAGAGGAUAGCAAUUGGAGCUGCAAGGGGUCUUCUAUACCUGCACGAACAAUGUGAUCCUAAGAUAAUCCAUAGAGAUGUGAAGGCUGCUAAUGUGCUCCUUGAUGACUUUUGUGAGGCUGUAGUUGGUGAUUUUGGACUUGCAAAGCAACUUGACCCUGCUGCUUCUCAUGUCACCACUGCUGUCCGUGGCACUGUUGGGCACAUUGCGCCGGAAUACCUCUCCACUGGACAAUCUUCUGAGAAAACUGAUGUUUUUGGAUUUGGCAUUCUCUUGAUCGAGCUCAUAACUGGAAUGAGAGCUCUUGAGUUUGGAAAAACUGUUAAUCAAAAAGGAGCAAUGCUCGAGUGGGUGAAAAAGAUACAACAAGAAAAGAAAGUGGAAGAGUUGGUGGACAAAGAGCUAGAUGGCAUGUACGAUCGGAUUGAGGUAGGAGAGAUGCUGCAAGUAGCUCUUUUGUGCACUCAAUACCUCCCAGCCCAUCGUCCCAAAAUGUCGGAAGUGGUCCGGAUGCUUGAAGGCGAUGGCCUCGCUGAGAAAUGGGCAAAAUCACACAAUCAUAUCAAUCCUGUCAUGAUCCUCUCUUACAAGAACAACACCAAUAAAAGCACUAUUCGACCUACCAGUACCACCACUACUGCGACUAAACAGGAUGAAAAUAGCAAUGACCGAUCGAGCAACAACACGUUCGGCCUCGGAAUGGAUGAUGAUGAUGAUGAACAUUCUUUGGAUUCCUAUGCCAUGGAACUCUCUGGUCCAAGAUAAAUUUAAAAGAAAACUAAAAGAAAAAAAGAAAAGAAAGCAAAGCAGUUUUAUAGAGGAAUGUCAUUCUUUUCCUGUCCCCCUUGUUAUUUCUUUGCAAAUGCAAAGAUUUAAACUUCGUUCAAGAAAGUAUAUAUAGGUUAUUUAGUUUGUUUGUAAGUUUCUCUUCUAUCCUUUUGGAAAGUGUAAUGUAAAUACUAAAAUACUAAAGAACCCAUCUUCAUUUCCUUGCCAACUAGAGAAGUUAAAAAGAAUAUAAAUGGGAAUCUCCCAAUGUUUUGUUUGUGGAA